AAAGGGUGGCCCUGGACUGGAGGAUAUGGGUUUAAGAAUAAAUUUUAUUGUGUUUUUUUCUGGCAGUGUCAAAGAAUGGGUUGAUCAGAUGCAGAGAGAGCUUAUCACUUUGGCAGACAAGGCUACAGCUGGAAAGAGUCUCACUCAGAUCUUCGUGAGAAACCAGCAUCUUUACACUGUAGAGCAAAACGAUGCGGAGGAGCUAGUGGCCAGAGCAGCCAGGAAAAUUGAGCAGCUAUUGCGCAAGAGGUCCGCUGCUCUCAAGAAAUUGGCGGCAACCGCUGAGGACCUGCAGGCGGCACAUAAAUGGAAGAAUGAGUUUGAGGAUGUAGAAAUUGCCUACUACAAUGCAAAAGAUAAUCUGGAUGUAAAUGCAACUGAAGGAAGAAAAUACAGGAUACGGCCAGACUUUCAGGAGGACAAGCUAUUCAGACGUUUGACCGAUCAUAACCACACAGCUGUUCACAUCCCUACUGACAUUUAUGACGGCUCCACCAUCAUCUUGAAUGAGCUGAACUGGACGGAAGCUCUGGAGGAUGUGUUUAGAAAGAACAGAGAAGAAGACCCAACCCUUCUGUGGCAGAUUUUUGGUAGUGCAACUGGUCUGGCUCGCUACUACCCAGCUUCACCCUGGAUGGAUGCACGCAAGACUCCAAGUAAAAUAGACCUUUAUGAUGUCCGCAGGCGGCCAUGGUACAUCCAAGGAGCUGCUUCCCCCAAAGAUAUGCUGAUCCUCGUUGAUGCGAGUGGAAGUGUGUCUGGCCUAACUCUUAAACUUAUCAGAACCUCUGUCACUGAGAUGCUUGACACUUUGUCCGAUGAUGACUUUGUCAAUGUAGUUUACUUUAACACCAGGGUGAAGAAAACAGCAUGUUUUGAUCAUCUGGUACAAGCUAAUGUGAGGAACAAAAAGGUGCUGAAGGAUGCUGUACAGAACAUCACGGCUAAAGGAAUAACAAACUACACCAAAGGCUUUGAGUUUGCUUUUGAACAACUCUCAAUGAUGAAUGUUAGUAGAGCCAACUGCAAUAAAAUAAUCAUGCUGUUUACUGAUGGAGGAGAGGAAAGAGCUCGGGCCAUAUUGGAGAGAUACAAUGCGGACAAAAAGGUGAGGAUCUUCACCUUUUCUGUGGGACAACACAACUAUGAUAAAGGACCUGUUCAGUGGAUGGCCUGCUCCAACAAAGGUUACUUCUAUGAGAUCCCGUCCAUUGGUGCUAUCAGAAUAAACACGCAGGAAUACCUCGAUGUCUUGGGGAGACCUAUGGUUCUGGCAGACAAGCAGGCCAAACAAGUCCAGUGGACCAAUGUGUACCUAGAUGCCUUGGAACUGGGUCUGGUCAUAACAGGAACACUACCAGUCUUCAACAGAACCAAGACUAUAGAUGACAGGAAUGGCGAGCAUCAAAACCAGCUGAUUCUUGGGGUGAUGGGAAUUGACGUGUCUUUGGGUGAUAUCAAGAAACUCACACCACGGUUUACAAUUGGUCCAAAUGGUUAUUACUUUGCCAUUGAUCCUAAUGGAUAUGUCCUGCUGCACCCUAACCUUCAACCCAAGAACCCCAAAUUCCAGGAACCUGUUACUUUGGAUUUUUUGGAUGCUGAGUUGGAAAACGACAUAAAAGUUGAGAUUAGGAGAAUGAUGAUAGACGGUGAGAUCGGUGAACGCACUAUUCAUACUCUGGUCAAAGCUCAGGAUGAGAGGUACAUAGACAGAGGAAUACGCACCUACACUUGGGCACCUGUAAAUGGAACGGACUACAGCCUGGCUCUUGUUCUUCCUAAAUACAGCGAAUACUUCAUUCAAGCCAAAUUAGGAGAUGACAUGAAACAAGAUAUAUCAAUGAAAACACUGCAGGUGGAUGAGUUCGAAGAACAUGGUUACACGUACAUCGCACCAAGGGAAUACUGCAAAAGGAUGAAAAUGUCUCACAACAACACCGAGUUCCUUCUUGACUUCAACCAGUACAUUGAAGGAAAAAUUCAGGAUUCGCCACUAUGUUAUAUGUCCCUUGUGAGCCGGCUGAUCCUUGAUGCAAUCCUGACAGCUGAACUGGUGAAAGUCUGGAAUGAAGAGCCAGUAGAGGGGAUAAGAGCCAGGUUUGUAGCCACGGAUGGUGGAAUUACGAGACUCUUCCCACAAAGUGCUGGAGAAGAAUGGAACGAGAAUCCUGAGACAUAUGAAUCCAGCUUCUACAAGAGGAGCCUGGACAAUGAAAUGUACAUUUUUACUGCUCCUUCUUUCAAUUCCGAAGACAGAGAGUGCGUUCCCGACAUGGGUAUUUUAGUUAGCAAAGCAGUGGACAUCACGAUUGACCAAGUCACAAUCAAACCAGCAGUGGUUGGAGUGAAACUGAAUAUCUCAUUCUGGAUGAAUUCUUUUAUCAACGCUACACUCAAACUCAAAUGCAAGGAUGAAAUCUGUGGCUGUCUUAGAAAUGACAAGCACGUGGACUGUGUGAUUCUUGAUGACGGAGGCUUUCUGCUAAUGUCAAAUCAAGAUGAGUACAUCGACCUGAUAGGUCAGUUCUUUGGAGAGGUUGAUCCGGUGCUGAUGAUCAACCUGGUCAACUCUUCGCUGUUCUCAUUUAACAAGACCUAUGACUACCAAUCUGUCUGCGACCCAGAGAAAGAUGGGAAGGCUGCAGCAGGACCUCGCGGUGUCUAUGUGCCUUCCAUUUCAGACAUGCUUAGUAUUGGCUGGUGGGCCUCUACUGCAGCCUGGACAAUACUGCGGCAGGUUUUCUAUUGUUUGAUUUUUCCCAACCUUCUAAAAACAGCUGAGUCAGCAGAUGACGAAAUUGCAGAUGCCAUGUUUAAGGAAAGCUGUAUCACAGAGCAGACUCAGUACUUCUUUGACAAUGAUGAAAGAUCCUACUCUGGAGUUUUGGACUGUGGAAAUUGUUCCAGGAUGUAUCGUGCAGAGAAGCUGCCAAGCACAAAUCUGGUGUUCCUGAUCACUGAUGCCAAAGCAACAUGUUUGUCAUGUGACCCCAGACCCCUGAGACAAGCAGAGCAACCUUCUGAAGGUCCAGAUCCUUGUGAGCUGGCUCGGAACCCUAGAUACCGCAAAGGGCCGGAUGUGUGUUUUGACAACAAUGAAGACGAGGAUGAUUCUGAUUGUGGAGGAGGAGACGGCUUAAGGCCAUAUAUUUGGACAAUGUUUGGGAUUCAAAUGCUGCUUCUUUGGCCUAUCAUAACUUUACAACAAUUAUGACCUCAAACACACACACACACACUUACACACACAAACAAGUCAAGAUCUCCUUCCUUAACUGGAAAGAUAACCUUGAUCAUGUCAUCCAGGAUAUAUGCAGUUUUUUUUAACAGGACUUUUUUUUUUUUUCUAAAUUUUUUUCCUCAUCUAUAUUUUUACACCUACAGACAAAGUGACUUUACUCAGCUGCACAUAUUUUUUAACAUAUAGAGACAUACUGUAUGUAUUCCUCAAUACUCUCUUAUGGUGCAAGAGUUAAGAGCUAAUCAAACCCUUUAAUUCUGCCACAUUUUGUUUUCUGAUUUAAAAAGUGGAGAUUAAGGCGAUGCCCCACUAUGCCAACUGAAUUCAAAGACUGUAUGCUCACUGACAGCAUUGAUAUGUGUAGUUGUAAGUAUUGUUGAUUGCUUCUUAUAUAUAUGUUUUUUUUUUUUUUUAAUGUCCUGUACUUAACUACCGUGUAUGGUUUUAAGUGGUAAAUCAGCAAGUAUUUCGUUACCAGUUGUCAUAGCGGCAUGUGCGCAGCACAAAGCUAAAGAAACCAACCAAUGUUUUGACACCAAAGCUCUGUGUUCACCACCAUGAACUGUACCACAGUUGACCUUCAUUUUGAUUCGUUCCCAGUGUGUCGUUGAUGUGAUUACAUUUGUUUUUAGCUAGAAUUCUUAAUGCUUCACCUUAUUAGUGGCUUUCAGGAAACCCACUAUCUAUUUGAAUCCUAUGUGAAAUUUGUCACAGUAUAAAAAUUUGGUUGUCUUGAAUUUCAACCAGGGAUGUCCGAUAUUAACUUUUUGCCAACAUACGAUAUGCCGAUAUUGUCCAAACACUUAAUUUCCAAUUCUGAUAUCAAUCGAUACCGAUAUAGGCCUGGUAGUAUUUAUUUAUUUAUCUGUACAAACCACCACAAGGCCAACCGGUAGUCGUCCUCCAUGGCCUCCCCAAACUUUCCCAGACCCGAGUUUUUGCUUCCGUGACUACCCGAGCCGCCGUCCGCUUGGCCUGUCUGUACCCGUCGGCUGCCUCAGGAGUCCCACAGACCAACCAGGCUCGGUAGGACUCCUUCUUGCUUGCUUGACGACUUCCCUUACCUCCAAUGUCCACCACCGGGUUCGGGGAUUGUCGCCAUGACAGGGACCGGAGACCUUAAGGCCACAGCUUUGGACAGCUGCGCCAACAAUGGAAGUGGAGAACAUAGUCCACUCAGACUCGAUGUCUCCAGCCUCCCUCGGGACCUGUUCAAAGCUCUCCCGGAGGUGGGAGUUGAAGGCCCCCCUCACAGGGGAUUCCGCCAG